UCUGAUUUUCCAUCUCCCACUUGCAGGAGGGCACUGCAGCACAUGCCUCCGCUUUCCCUCUCACCAGGAUCUACGGAUUUCUCGACUUUCCUGUCUCCCAACGUUCUAGAAGAAGUGGACAGCUUCCUCAUAAGGAUAACUAGCUGCUGUUCGACUCCAGAGGUGGAGCUGACUCUUCUGGCCUUUGCACUGGCAAGAGGAAGUGUUGCCAAAGUGCUGAGCUCUCUGUGUACCAUCACUGACCACCUGGACACACAGUAUGACGCCUCGUCCCUCAUCUCCUCCAUGGCAUCCGUCAGGCAAACCCUGCUCCUUAAAUACGGUAAACCUCUUCAGUUGACCCUUCAGGCCUGUGAUGUCAAAGGGAAAGAGGAGAAGUCAGGGCCUGAAAACCUCCUUGUGGAGCCGUGGACGAGAGACGGGUUUCUUACAGAGACUGGAAAGACCAGAGCAAGUACCAUUUUUUCUACAGGAACUGAAUCUGCAUUCCAAGUUACACAGAUCAGAAUUAUGGUUCGACGUGGUGGCAUCGGUGCCCAGUGUGGGUUGGUGUUUGCCUAUAACUCACCUUCGGAUAAAUUCCAUGCAGAAGAACACUUCAAAAGGUUUGAAAAAUAUGACCAAUGGAAGCUUCAGGAAUUCAGGCAAUUUGUAAAAAGCAGGGUUGGUUGCUCCUCUGAUGACCUUGGAGAGGAUGACCCCGUUGGCUGGUUUGAGCUGGAAGAAGAGUGGGAUGAAGCAGACGUGAAGUUGCAGCACUGCAGGGUUGCCCAAUACUUGAUGGUGAAGUUCCUCUGCACCCGUCAGGAGUCGGCGGAGCGCUUGGGCGUGCAAGGCCUCAGCAUCAGCGGGUACCUCCGGCCUGUGCGAGCCGAAGCGGAACAGCACGUCGUCUGUGCCCACUGCAGGAAGGACGGGGAGGAGAGCGUCUGUGGGGCCACCCUGCUCCUCAGGACACUUCAGUUCAUUCAGCAGCUCGCCCAUGACCUGGUGCAGCAGAAGGAAAGUGGCUUAAGAUAUAAAUCCUUUCUGGACUUCGCCGGUCUUGAUUUGCAGAUCUUCUGGAAUUUUUACAGUAAAUUAAAGCAAAACCCGAGGGAAGAGUGCCUCUGCGCCCAAACCCUGCUUCUGCGGCUCCUGCAGAGCUGCUUCUCAGUGCUGCAGAGAGACGGGCCGGCCGCUUCAGGGGGGGCAAAGGCACCCCGGCAGAGCCCGGGAGGGGCAGGGGCCGCCAAGGAGCUCCACACACACUUAUGCGACGUGGUGGACAGGGUGGAUGGAGACUCUGCGCCCAUGGAAACAUUAAAACAAGAAGUCAGGAAUACCCUUCUCAAUGGGGCUGCUGUCUUCUUUCCUGACCGACAGACCCGGCGGAGCCAUCUCUUCGCCAUGAUGAACGUCACCGAGCAGGAGCACAAGCAGUCCCUGCAGCUCACUUUCCGUUCACUGUGCACGUAUUUUAGUGAUAAGGAUCCGGGUGGCCUUCUGCUCUUGCCUGAGAAAGGUGACCUGGCCGACAUGAACAGCAGCGAAGUGCUGGCGGUCAUGAGCACCCUCCUGUCCGUCGCUGCUCGAGAGUGUGGACUGCUGGUGCUCACGGGGGCCCACGGGGAGACUGGCUCUGUGCUGUUCUCCCUGUUCUGGGCCGUCCAGGGCAGCCUGCUCUCCUGGUGCUACCUGCAGCUGAAGAGCACGGACUCCGCAGUCAGAGGUGGUGCUGCCGACCUGAUUGACCAGUAUGUGGGACAGUUUCUGGCAAGCAUGAGAACGAUUUUGGAAUCCCUCUUGUCACAGUAUAGUGGAAAAACCAUUGUAGAAAAAUUAUGUGAUUCAGUGUUUUCGAUGGCAGCUCGUCAACUGGUCAUCUUUCUGCUGGACUUCUGCACUUUAGACAUUUCUCACUGCACGCUCCUGAGAGAGUUCAGUACGCUAACAGAACUGUUGAGGCAGCUCUGUGCUGACGCGGAAGGAGCGCCGAGUAAGCUCGAUGCAGAGACUUGGCAGCAGGAAUGUCCCGUGGUCUUACAUACCUGGACAAAAGAGUCUGCCCACAACUAUGAAAACAAUUGCCACGAGGUGUCUGUCUUCGUGAGCCCGGGGGCAACCUACUUUGAGGUGGAAUUUGACGAGCGGUGUGAGACUGAGAAAAGGUAUGAUUAUCUGGAAUUUACCGACGCUAGAGGUGGAAAAACACGCUAUGACACCAAAGUUGGCACCGAGAAGUGGCCCAAGAAAGUGACCUUUAAGGCCGGCCCUCGGCUGCAGUUCCUCUUUCACUCUGACAGCAGUAACAACGAGUGGGGCUACAGGUUCACCGUCACCGCCUAUGGCCUGCCCGACGUGGCCGUGUCCUGGGCGCUGGACUUACAACUUCUCGUUUCCCGGCUGAUGGGACGCCUCGCUGCCCAGUGCAUGGCGCUCAAGUCUGCGCACCAGUUUGGAAGUGACAUGGCAGUGCCUCCCGCAAAAAUGGCGUCGGUCCUGAACUCCCCGCUGUGGAAACCUGUCUUUAGGCAUCAGCUGAGUCCAGAGUUGGGAUUAGCAGCGAGCUGGCCCACUCCCCCACACCAGGAUAGUAAGGAGGUCAAGAACAUCCCCGACGACCCCUGCCACCACUUUCUUCUUGAGUUUGCACAGUCAGACCCUGCCCAGAACUUCUGUGGGCCAUUUUCAGAACUUUUCAAAGGAUUCAUACAGGCAUGUAGAAAACAGGCCCCAAAGACAGAUAUAGUUGCUGGUUCUGCUAUUGAUCAAGCUGUGAACGCCACCUUUGCCGCUCUGGUGUGUCGCACUCCAGGCUUGUAUGAGAAGCUGCAGAAAUAUGUAAAAAGUGGGGGCAACACAGCCCUGAGCGAGGAGUUUGCACAGGUGUAUUGCUUGGCAGAUGGGAUUCGCAUAUGGAUGUUGGAGAUGAAGCAGAAGUCCCUGAUAAACCUGGGGAACGAGGCAGAAGAAAAGCAUGGGUCGGAAGCGGCUGAGGUGAACCCCGAGAGCCUGGCAAAAGAGUGUAUUCAGAAGAGCCUCCUGUUACUGAGAUUUUUGCCCGUGGGAGUGAGUUCAAAAGGAAGCUGUGACAGGUUGGUGGCUGCAGAUGAAACGGAUCACCUCCAGCCACGGGACAAGCGCCCGAGGACGAGCUCUGUGGUGGAGGAGCAUUUCCAGGCCCCCGUGUCUCCCGUGGAAGCGGGCGCCCUUGCUGCGGGCGUUGGGGGUCUUGGCUCGGACGUGCAGCCGAAGCUGCCACCCAGCAGCGGGCCCCCUGCCGCCGAGGUGUCCUCUGCCGCCGCCGAAGAGCCCUCGUCACCUUCUACCCCCGCCCGGCGGCCUCCCUUCACCCGAGGCCGACUCAGGCUGCUCUCCUUCCGGUCCGUGGAGGAGGCGAGGCCAGCGCCCACAGUGAAGGAGAAGUACCCCGUGCUGAAGGAUGUCCUGGACUUCAUCAAGGACCAGUCCCUCUCCCACGAGAGUGUCGUAAAGGUUCUUGCCUUGAGGAGAGCCCAGGCGCAGAGUGUCCUCGAAGUCCUGAGGAUCGUUCAGUAUUGCUCAGAGUCCCUCGGACAGCCUCACUGCUUCCAUCCGCCAUACAUACUCUUCCUGUUGGAGCUCCUCACCUGCCAGAAAGAGUUUACCAAUUAUUUCGCGCACUUGGAGGGCUGUGGCGCAAGUCUGCACAAGGAGAUUCGAGACACUUACCACCAGUUCGUUCUGUUUCUGGUCAAAGCGGUUAAAGGAUUUAGCAGCAUCAGCGACAGGUCCUUGCUGCCUGCCUUGUCCUGUGUGCAGACAGCCCUGCUCCAUCUUCUGGAUAUGGGCUGGGAACCCGCCGAUCUCACCUUCUUUGUGGACAUUCAGUUACCACAUCUCCUCAUGAAGAUGUCGCAAGAAAAUAUAAGCGUGCACGACAGUGUGAUCAGCCAGUGGAGUGAAGAAGACGAGCUUGCUGAUGCCAAGCAGAACUCAGAAUGGAUGGAUGAGUGUCAGGAUGGCAUGUUUGAGGCCUGGUAUGAGAAAAUAGCCCAGGAAGAUCCAGAGAAGCAGAGGAAAAUGGCAUGUGCAGGAAAUGACCUCGUUCUAAAAUUUUUAACCGUUUUCUUAUUUGCUCCCCAUGUAGGUCUGAAAGCUCUAGCUCUUCUUGGUGUACUGCCAGAUGGUGAAUCUGGUCCAGACAGUCGGGUCCCUUUGGUCGCUGUGCCCGCCUGCACGCCAGAGGAGAGAGCCGUCCGGGGUGCUGAGGACCCGUCCCACGCGGGCCCUUCUGUGCACUGCAGGGGCAAGAGAGGUGGUCCUAAGGAAGUCGGACCUUUAGACAGCAAGCAGAGAAGUAAGGCAGACGAAGAAGGUGCAUCAGCUCUGAAGGGUCCUUCGUGCCAGACUCAAAUUUCAGACUCACCUGCAGAUGGUAGCACACCUCCAGGGCAUCCAGAUGCUGAAAACAUAGUCGUGUUGUCUCAGGAGCCCAUCGAGGAAAAACGGGUUACUCCCAGCCCUGAGCAGGUGUUUGCUGAGUGUUCCCAGAAGAGGAUUUUGGGAUUACUAGCAGCCAUGUUACCUCCCUUAAAGUUGGACCCCACAGUGCCCGUGAUGCACCUGGAGCACGUCCUCCCACUCAUGUUUCAGGUUGUCAUCUCCAACGCAGGCCACCUGAACGAGACCUACCACCUCACACUGGGUCUUCUCGGCCAGUUAAUCACCCGCCUUUUACCAGCAGAGGUGGAUGCUGCGGUGGUGAAGGUCCUCUCCGCCAAGCACACCUUGUUUGCAUCAGGGGACAGUUCCGUUGUGCCCGAUGGCUGGAAGACCACCCACCUGCUCUUCAGCCUGGGAGCUGUGUGUCUGGACAGCCGGGUGGGCUUGGACUGGGCGUGCUCCAUGGCGGAGAUCCUGCGGUCGCUCAGCGGUGCCCCACUGUGGCGAGAUGUCAUCGCCACCUUCACAGACCACUGUGUCAAGCAGCUGCCUUUCCAGCUGAAGCACACCAACAUCUUCACCCUGCUCGUGCUGGUCGGCUUCCCACAGGUCCUCUGCGUGGGGACCCGCUGUGUGUAUAUGGAUAACGCCAAUGAGCCACAUAAUGUAAUCAUCUUAAAGCACUUCACGGAGAAGAACAGGGCUGUGAUCGUCGAUGUCAAAACCCGGAAAAGGAAAACAGUGAAGGACUACCAGCUGGUCCAGAAAGGACAGGAGUGCAGCAGCUCUCAGGCCCAGCUGAGCCAGUACUCCCAGCACUUUGCCUUUAUCGCCAGUCACCUUCUGCAAGCCAGUGUGGAGAGCCACUGUCCCGAGGCGGUGGAAGCAACCUGGGUCCUGUCCCUGGCCCUCAAAGGACUAUAUAAGACGCUAAAGGCUCACGGUUUUGAAGAGACUCAUGCGACCUUCCUUCAGACUGAUUUGCUGAAGCUGCUGGUGAAAAAGUGCAGCAAAGGGACCGGUUUUAGUAAAACGUGGCUCCUCCGGGACCUGGAGAUCCUGUCCAUCAUGCUGUACUCCUCAAAGAAGGAGAUUCACACCUUGGCCGAGAACACAGCCCUGGAGCAAGACGAGCGAGGGGACCAAGAAGAGGAGGUGGAAGGCACUGUCAGCAGCCCUGCUGAGCCGGAGCAGAAGAAGCUGGAUCCCCUGGAAAGCCUGGAUGAGCCCACCAGAAUAUGUUUCUUGAUGGCGCACGAUGCGCUCAAUGCCCCUCUGCACAUCCUCCGGGCCAUAUACGAGUUGCAGAUGAAAAGGACCGAUUCUUUCUUCCUGGAGGUUCAGAAGAGGUUUGAUGGGGACGAGCUCACCACGGAUGAAAGGAUUCGGACCCUGGCUCAGAGGUGGCAGCCCAGUAGGAGUCUGAGACUAGAGGAGCAGAGUGCCAAAGCCGUGGACACAGACAUGAUUAUCUUACCGUGUUUGUCCCGGCCCGCACGCUGUGACCAGGCCACGGCUGAAUCGAACCCUGUGACCCAGAAGCUCAUCGCCAGCACGGAGAGUGAACUGCAGCAGAGCUACGCCAAGCAGCGACGUAGCAAGAGCGCCGCCCUCCUGCACAAGGAGCUGAACUGCAAGAGCAAGAGGGCUGUCCGAGAGUACCUGUUCCGCGUGAACGAGGCCACGGCCGUCCUGUACGCCCGCCACGUGCUGGCCUCCUUGCUCGCCGAGUGGCCUGGCCACGUGCCAGUGAGUGAGGACACCCUGGAGCUCAGUGGCCCGGCCCACAUGACCUACAUUUUGGACAUGUUCAUGCAGCUGGAAGAAAAGCACCAGUGGGAGAAGAUCCUGCGGAAGGUGCUCCAGGGCUGCCGAGGGAGCAUGCUGGGGACCAUGGCCCUGGCUGCCUGCCAGUUCAUGGAGGAGCCCGGGAUGGAGGUGCAAGUCAGGGAGUCGAAACACCCAUAUAACAAUAACACUAACUUUGAGGAUAAAGUCCACAUCCCGGGUGCAGUCUACCUCUCCAUCAAAUUCGACUCGCAGUGCAGUACAGAGGAGGGCUGUGAUGAGCUGGCCAUGUCCAGCAGUGGUGACUUCCAGCAGGACCGACACACUUUCAGUGGGUCCCAGCAGAAAUGGAAGGAUUUUGAGCUCCCAGGAGAUACUCUGUACUACCGCUUCACCUCUGACAUGAGCAACACGGAGUGGGGUUACAAGUUCACUGUGACGGCGGGACACCUGGGGCGAUUCCAGACAGGGUUCGAGAUUUUGAAGCAGAUGUUGUCAGAAGAAAGAGUUGUGCCACACCUCCCGCUGGCCAAAAUUUGGGAGUGGCUGGUGGGUGUGGCUUGUCGCCAGACCGGCCACCAGCGAUUAAAAGCCAUCCACCUGCUUCUGAGGAUCGUCCGUUGCUGCACCCACAGCGACCUCUGUGACCUUGCGCUGCUGAAGCCGCUGUGGCAGCUCUUCACCCACAUGGAGUACAGCCUGUUUGAGGACGUGACGCAGCCUGGCAUCCUCCUGCCCCUGCACCGCGCCCUCACCGAGCUCUUCUUCGUCACCGAGAACCGCGCCCAGGAGCUCGGCCUGCUGCAGGAUUACCUGCUGGCCUUAACCACUGACGACCACCUUCUCCGCUGCGUGGCGCAGGCUCUGCAGAACAUUGCUGCUAUCAGCCUGGCCAUCAACUACCCGAACAAGGCAACCCGCCUCUGGAAUGUCGAGUGUUAGCCCUUGCUAUGGCGUGCAUGGAACUGGCCCAUCUGUCCACAAGGACUUUAGAGCAGACAUCUAAACUCAUUCAGGAAAAUGCCUGUGGUGUCCGUGCCCGGCUUCCCUUGAGGUCCCACUUCCACCCCAAGUGGAAGGCCAAACAGCCAUGCCUCCAAGAGCUUGCCGCGUCCCAAGCUAGCACCUGCACGCACCACAGCACGUGAGAAAGAGCAGAGCACUACAGAGCUAUUCAGGAGGGCAGGUCGUUCAGAGGGUCUGUCCCUGCGGAAGCCACAGCCCGGGAAGAGCUGAAAGGAGCGUCUCUGGAAAGGGUUCUGUCUCCGUGGAGCGGAGCUGGCUGCGCUUAGAGUCGGCCCAGAGCUGCCCUCUCAGCAGGACCUGCAGCAGCAGCGGCCUGGCCUGGGAGCCCUUCCUUUGCUCUUGCUUCUUGAGACUGGGCAGUCCACACCAAAGCCGGUGAGAGCUCGUCCUGGCCACCUGCCAGCCCCCAGGCAUGCACAUGGCCGUCCCACAGAAGUCCUCGGGGAGAACAAGAGCCCUUGGUCACAGCCAGUGGGCCGUCCAUGUGCACCGCUCCUGCUCUGACUCCCAGCACGUCUGCGUUUAGUUGUUUUCACAUAUUUCAGUUUCCACCUGACGUUUUUAGAACAGAACCACAUGACUCCCCCGCGAGGCUUCAAGGGGUGCCCAAUGGAACGGUCAUUCGGGGGAGACGCUGUUCGCGUGAAAGCUUCUGUACUUGAAGACUUGAAGUGUUAGACGAGAUCUUAUUUUAGAAGUAAAAAAAAAAAAAAAAAAAACACCAAAAAACAAAGAAUAUAUGAUGAUUUUAUUUCUUCUCUGUGGUCACGGUUACCCGUCGCAUCCACCUCUGGGACUCUGCAUGCUUGCUCGGCUGUCAUUGGUCUGGCAAGAAUGCUGUUUUCCAUUUUUUAUGGUCGCAGUCUUGCCCUGAAGUGCUGAUGAUGAUUCUCUUUCCAAAGCCAUGCUUUGGAGUGUGAGGCUGGGUUGGCCCGUGGGACUCGUCGGCGUGAAGAGCGCCUCGGCAGCUGCCAUUUCAGGACGGCAUCUGGGCCUGAGCACGUCCCCCCACGCGGGGCCCAUGGAAGGCUCCUCGCAGCCAGGGCCAAGCUGAGCAGGUCAGCACCGGCACGUGACUGCUGGUUGCAGGGGUCUGGGUUGGAAGGGCCCGAGACUGCAGGUCCCAGGAGGGUCUUCCUGCAGAAGCACUCUUGCCUUCUGGGUCAGGAGGCCGAGGGGCGGCAGCCUCCUGCAGCCCUAGAGCUCGGUUCUCAGUCAAGCCCCCAAGCUGCACGAGGAGCCGUCCUGUAAGGGACCCUUCAAAGGGGACAGGGGGCAGGUCCUGGAACUUGGUGACCCAAGGCCCGUUGCCCUGACAUCAACAAGGCCUGAGGCCCUGGGCCCGGUCCGGUCCCCCAUGGUGUCGGGAUGCAAGCAGGCUGCUACUGUGGCUUGGUAGAAACCCGUUCUCAUCUUCCGCUCUGCCUGCACCCCCAGAGAAGGCCCCACGUGCGUACCACCCAGACCCAGGUAGGUCUCGCAGUGCAGAGGGAGGCCACAGAGCAGGUGUCGGGGCCCCGACUCUGACGGGGUGGGGGGGGCGGCCUGGAAGACAGCACAGCGCGCUCACGCCUUCACCUUGCUGCCGUCCACAGCCCUCAUGACCCGGACUGACUGACCCAGGCAGGACAGAUAGGCAGGGCAGGGUCACGCCUCUGGGGGCUGUCACCACCAACUUUGCUCUCCAUCCUCGGGAGGCCGAAUUGUAAAUAAACGCCAGCCUCGGCCCGCUGCUGUCUGUCCUCGCCCUGGCUGUUCUGGUCUCUCUGCCCACUUUGCACAGAGCGAGCCCAGGUUCUGCUUCGCACGCAGCUGCCGCUCUCCCCUGCUCGCCCCACCGGCCCGGUCGCCCUGCAUCCCACCCGGUCGCCACCAAGGACCCGCCACCUCCGAGACCAGCCUCCCCUUGAUCCUCCUCCGAGGCAGAGUUGCCAGGCAAGAGCUAAAACCGGCGAGAAUAAAGGUGUCGUGAAAACACGUGCCUGAUCCAUAAAGAGAUUCUGACCCAAACCCUAUAUAUUGUACAGAUGGACACUGCUCCUAAUGGGAGGGGUGACUUAUUUUCAUCAUCGUUUUUAAUUUGUUUUCUUACGGGUUUACGAUUUUGAAUUUUUCUUAUUUGUUUGAAAGAAAGAAUUUUGAUUAUAUCAAGCUGAGUGAGUUCAGCCUGUAAAAAGGAUGUUAAGUUGUGGGUAAAAUAUGCAAAUGAAGAGAAA